GUAAAUAAGAAUUUGUUCUUAACUGACUUGCCUAGUUAAAUAAAGGGUAAAUAAAUCAAAAGCUCAGCCACACACACACCGUGACUGGGGCAUGCUGCUGGAAACGUGCACAAAUAUAAGAUAAUCCCCAAUUUCAUAUUAUUUCAUAAUGAACGAAUUUGUAUGCCUGUGAAUGAAAUCUAAAAUUACGUUAGGUAGGGAUGUUUGGUAUUUGUGGUGCGUUGUUCUAGCUGCACUUGCAGAAGCUUGGCUUAUUGUUUCAGAAAUGCGCAGUGUCAUAGUCUGACGUGGUACUACGGCGCCUAUCAGUGUGUUUAUCUCUGACACCUGACGGCGUGUUCCUUUCUCCGUUCCCCUGAUCACGACCACUGCGACUGCAGACCAGCGACUCUCCCGCUUUAUGGAAACCGAGGCUGUGCGCUCUGUCGUGGUCAUGCUACCUCCCAAGAACUGCCUCCCGAGGAACUACAGCUGCAUAGCCGGGUUGUUCGGGAGCUUGACAGCAGACCCGAGAUUAGAAGACGAAGAGGGGAUGGAGCUGAACGGAGCAAGCGAGCCCAUCGACAUGCACCAUGUGGUGGAUGAGAGACCAAGAGGACGGGAAUCCUUCCUCAAACCCCCGCAGAGUCCGAACCUGCGCCGCAGGUGCAAGUCUCUGCCGACCCCCAUAGAGAGAGCGAAGCUUGAGAUCUCCCGCAGCCGGAGUCCCUGCAGCCAGAAAAAGGUCCGUUUCGCCGACUCUCUGGGUCUGGAGCUCACCUCUGUGAAGCACUUUAAUGACACAGACAUGCCCGAUGUGCCGGAGCGCAUAAUGGCGAGAUUCGACAGGGGUCCCCUCCAUCUGAACCCAUUUGACAAGUUCCCCAGGGCACCGACCACCCAGUCAAGUUAUAUGGAGCUGCAAUUCAAGAACCCCGGGACCCUACCAGGCUUUACUGAGAAAGUGAAAGAACUUAAAGUGUUGUUGGAGUGUGCUGAAGCCGACGAGUUCAGUCUGUCGGGCGUCGUGCGGGUUUUGAACAUGGCUUUCGAGAAAAGUGUCUAUUUGAGGUUCUCAAUCAACAACUGGAUAACCUUCAUGGACAGUCUGACAUCAUAUGUCCCCGAAUCAAGCGACGGUGUGACAGACAAAUUCUCCUUUAAGAUAAUCACACCAACGACGUUUCUGGAGAGCGGAGGCACAUUCCAGUUUGCCAUUAGAUACUGCGUUGGUGGAGAUGAGUAUUGGGACAAUAAUAACGGGUUCAACUACAAAGUGCGACGCCACAGGUUUAAGAUUUCCCCACCCCGUGAGUGGGAGGAUGGCUGGAUUCACUUCAUCUAACCUGCAUGCGCCCUUGGCGUUCUCACCGGUGCACUGUGUGUGUAAAGCACGCAAUCUCUCCACGGGCACCACUUUACCAUAAUGAAGAAUAGGGCUACCAUAGGCUAUAGCCUCUACACAUUGUGUUAAUGAUCCAACCGCCGUGUCCAGCUGUACACUCAGUCAUUUUUUACAUUGUUUGGGUUAUGAUUUUUUUCACCACCGUCACAUUGGUUUUGUUUCAUGUCAUUAUGUUUGACAGAUUUGACAGGAUUGAAAGACAAGCCCUUCAUUAUGUGUCCGCCGUAGGAGGUAAAUCUGCUGUAUGAUAAUUAGCCUUGGUGUUGGGGACUCUGUAGUCUUGUGCCCUUUGGUGUGGCCCGACUAUACUCUUAUGUAAUGCAGGGACAUGUGCCAUUGAAAACGUGCCAGGAAUAUACCCCAUUUAAGCGUCACUGUCCCUCUCUAAAACGCAGCGAUGCUCGCUUCAAUCCCCACUUUUGACUAUUUCAUUAAACAUCUUGUGCGAUGUCUUAACUGUCAACGACUGCUUAUACAAAACUGAGGAACAUGGUUAUGAAAAACACUAAGACAGCUUCUCGCCUUCUCUCUGUUUAUUUCCGAUAGCAUGGGACUGUGCUCACGUGCACCCCCCUGUGUACCUGUCAUGCCGGAUUUCAAUCCGAUUCUCUCAUCUGAAAACUCCAGCGGAUGGAGCAGGCCGAAGCUCAGUCACAACAAUAUUCGCACUGGAUCAACAAAGGAAAUAUUAAAUUGUCAUUUGUUUGACCAAUUCCUCAUAUUUUCAUCUUAUUGGAUAUGCCUUAUAAUACCCCUUAUAACUAAAGGGGAACUCUGCUGUGCUUUUAUCUUGAUCAAUAUUGGGUGUAUUCAGUUUUAUAACUAUUUGAACAUUAAUAUUUCAAUGUUGGGGUAAUGAUUAAACCCUCUCUAUAGCACUGCUCAACGAGAUGAUGUUAGAAAAAGGAAAUCAUCCCACGAGCUUUGUUCGCAGGUUAUAAAUGCACCAUAAUUUUUUCUCCAGAUGAUGGUAACCAAUAGCAGGAGAGUAGACUGUGGGUCAGAGUGGAGCCCUACUGUCUAGCAGUAGGUUAGCCUAUUAGGAUGCUCUGGUAUAACCCUCAAACAUGUUACAUAAUAAUAUGUGGAUAUUUACCACUCUAAAAUGCCAAAUAAUGCAUAUGCUAUAUGCAUUAUUUUAAACUAGAGGACAUGUAUAUUUGACAAAAAAAACUGUUGUACAGAAUUUUUUUGUACGGGAUCUUAUGCUAGAUUUUUCUCUGCAGUGCAGUCUGCAUGUAUCGGACAGGUGAUAUUUUACAACAUUCCUGUUGUUACACUCUUGAUCUCAACCAGUCACAAUAAUUCACCAGGUGUCUUGUAAACAAUAGUUGAGGAUACCUCUAACCCUAAGGUCCACUGCAGAGUCAGUCACCACUGCCUCACCCAUACAGUAUCUCUACCUUCUUCAAGGUUGAGCGUUAAUGACAAAAUCCACACGCAUAUCACUCCAUUUUAUAACUGUUAUUACACAAUGAUAAAUUACAGAGACAGAUACUGUUGGACUUUUGUUUCUGUUCCUUGUUGGACCUGAAAUGCAACUGUUGUGGAAAAUGAUACAUUUACCUCAGAUCGUUUCUAGAGUGCGGACCUGACGAUCUUCCAAAAAUUCCAGGUUUCUCUCCUUUUAUUCAGGUUGAACAAAACAAAACAUUAUUUUUUUAUGAAGUACAGUAGAACCAAAAUAGUCAAACUCAUGCCAUUUUUAAAACACAUCCAGUCCAGUAAAACAGUAGCAUUUCAUUGUCAGUAUUUUGUAAAUAACUUCCACUGUGCAAUGUUGUAUUUUACAGUAGAACUGUGGUGAUGACAGCAUCUGAACUACUUUUAGUAGUUGAUGCUAUUGCACUGGUGCAUCAUGCUGAACUCAUUUGUUGGCACAUUGGCAUCACAUAAUGCAUGUGUCAAACUCAUUCCACUGAGGGCCAAGUGUCGGCGGGUUUUCGCUCCACCCUUGUGCUUGAUUGAUGAAUUAAGGUAAACAAUUAGUAAGGAACUCCUCUCACCUGGUUGUCUUUGACACCCCUGACAUGAGGUGAGGGAGCUCAUUAUGGAUGGAUGUCAAACUAAACUUAGGUUAUGUAGCGCAACAGCCACAUUACACAAACGGUUUAUCUACAUGUGUACUGGAUGUACAGCAUGUUUAAAUGAGAGUUUCUAUUUAUUUGGGUUGUUAUAAUUUGUGGGAGUUUUCUAUGCCAUGAAUGCUUGGAAUGUAUCAAUAUUUUGUUUUGAAUAGGACACCUCUGAGAGAUCAGCAGCUUGGAGAUGUAUCUGUUUAGAAAAUGGAAUGCAUCUCUGAGACUAACAGAUGUAGUUAUGUAAUAUAGUUAGUUACUGUUGUCUGCCUAUGGUGGUCAGUAAGAAAAGCCUGUGUUUACAUGAACCAGGACUUGGCAGCAGCUUGGUCAGAUAAUUCAACCCUUGAGAUUGAAAAUGGAAAAUAGACUACUCAUGUGACCACUGAGCAUGUCCAAAUGACUCAAACAAUUUAGAAGAGAUGUUUGGCUUAUAGCAGAGCUGUUUGGUUUCCAGAGUCCAGCAGUUGGCUCUUUCUAAUAUCUCCAUGGGAAAUCUGUAGAGCCUGGUUGGACCAAAAUAACCUCAAUCACGGUCUCACGUCCACCAUGACAUUAACCAACCUCUAGGGCUGCACGAUAUGGGCAAACAAAUGUAAUAGCGAUUUUUAUUUUUAACAAAUAUGGUUAUUGCGAUUUGACGUGUGAUAAAUAUCAAAAUAUUUGGGUGAACUGUUGGAAUUAUAGAAAUAUAUUGAAUUAAAUUAAGAAGCUAAGUGGAAAGCAGCAUCGUUCUUGUUUGGAACAAUUUGUUGACUGCGUUCACCUGACGGAACAAAAUGCAAAUUUAUAGUCAAUCAUCUAACAGCGAGGGGGAGGAACUGUGCUGCUUGAGUGACAGGGGCGAGGCUUAGUGUGUGUGGGAAGCAGCCACAAGAUGCAAAAAAAACUGAGUUAAAACCGAAAGUUACUCACGGCUGAGAUGCAUUUCAAAAUAUUGCAUAUGAUAUGGAUCUCUUGCGAUAUGGAUAUGAUUUUGAUGUGAAUUCGAUUAAUUGUGCAGCCCUCUCUUGAGUUGAGACAUGACCAUUGGUUGACAACUGGUUGGCCUCACUGUGUUCAGAAGCAUGCUAGUCUGUGCAGUCAGUGAGUUCCACACACACGGCAGCUGUAUCUCCACAAAGACUACUGUGGUUAACAAGAUGUCACGCCUUGUCAGAGAUUGUUUUAUGUUCUUAAGUCUGAUGAAAUAUGAUGGUUAUUUUUCCUCAUGUACCUUUUGCUUAUGAUUUCUGUUAACUGUAAAAAUUCUCUCAAUAAGUGUACAUGUAGUACAGUAUGAUUUCACUCAUGAAUUGUUUCAAUCAAAACAUUUCACUGUGAAUAUGUCAUGGAGGUAAAGAUGAUUUAUAGGGGAAGGAUGAAAGGCUUCCAGAAACAGACCGUAUGGGGUGAAUAUGUCAUGGAGGUAAAGAUGAUUUAUAGGGGAAGGAUGAAAGGCUUCCAGAAACAGACCGUAUGGGGUGAAUAUGUCAUGGAGGGAAAGAUGAUUUAUAGGGGAAGGAUGAAAGGCUUCCAGAAACAGACCGUAUGGGGUGAAUAUGUCAUGGAGGUAAAGAUGUUUUAUAGGGGAAGGAUGAAAGGCUUCCAGAAACAGACCGUAUGGGGUGAAUAUGUCAUGGAGGUAAAGAUGAUUUAUAGGGGAAGGAUGAAAGGCUUCCAGAAACAGACCGUAUGGGGUGAAUAUGUCAUGGAGGUAAAGAUGUUUUAUAGGGGAAGGAUGAAAGGCUUCCAGAAACAGACCGUAUGGGGUGAAUAUGUCAUGGAGGUAAAGAUGAUUUAUAGGGGAAGGAUGAAAGGCUUCCAGAAACAGACCGUAUGGGGUGAAUAUGUCAUGGAGGUAAAGAUGAUUUAUAGGGGAAGGAUGAAAGGCUUCCAGAAACAGACCGUAUGGGGUGAAUAUGUCAUGGAGGGAAAGAUGAUUUAUAGGGGAAGGAUGAAAGGCUUCCAGAAACAGACCGUAUGGGGUGAAUAUGUCAUGGAGGUAAAGAUGUUUUAUAGGGGAAGGAUGAAAGGCUUCCAGAAACAGACCGUAUGGGGUGAAUAUGUCAUGGAGGUAAAGAUGAUUUAUAGGGGAAGGAUGAAAGGCUUCCAGAAACAGACCGUAUGGGGUGAAUAUGUCAUGGAGGGAAAGAUGAUUUAUAGGGGAAGGAUGAAAGGCUUCCAGAAACAGACCGUAUGGGGUGAAUAUGUCAUGGAGGUAAAGAUGUUUUAUAGGGGAAGGAUGAAAGGCUUCCAGAAACAGACCGUAUAGGGUUUGUCAACACAACAUGAGCUAUAUGAAUCACUCCAAUAUUUUGGUAUCACUCUGCGCCGGAGGGAUACAUCCGAGGUGAGGAUUUACAGAUUUACUCCCAUGUACACAUGUGUCAUGGCUGGGGUCCGCCCCUAUAGAUAGACUCCAUGGCGGUGUCACACAUUCUCUACAUCAUUUGAGGCCCCUCUAGGACCGUAGAGGAUUGGAGUGAUCCAUAUAGCUCACAUAACCGUGGUUACAUACGUAACCUUCGUUAUGUUUCACUAUAUUGGAUCACUCUAAUAUAUUGCUAUACGCGUACCAGAUUAGUCUGUGCUAGAGGGACCUGGCCAGCCAGCGGCAAAGUCCCAGCGCAGGACUGGGGACCUCAGUCCACCCUGAUGGUUGAUGUAAGCCACCAAUGCGGUGUUGUCUGUUCUCACCAGGAGAUGUCUUCCUUUCAGAUGUGGAAGGAAAGACCGCAGGGCUAUGGAGUCGUAGUGUAAAGUUAACAAAACACAAGCAUGACAAACCACGGGCAGAAGACAGAUCAACCGUGCGCAGCAAGUGGAGCACUCAAGAGGGGCUGCUCCAGGCUGCAAAACAGCCAGUGAGUAUACUUCCACGCAAGAUAUUACACUUACCAAGCGAACUUCAGAAAGUUUGUACCUCAAACCAUACGGACGUCCGCUGAGAAAAUGAAAGAGAACUUGUCACGGCCAUGGGGUCUAUAUAUAGGGGCGGACCCCAGCCGUGACACAGGUGAUCACAGGAGUAAAUCUGUAAAUCCUCACCUCGGAUGUAUCCCUCCGCCGCGGAGUGAUACCAAUAAAUUAGAGUGAUCCAAUAUAGGGAAAUAUAAUCAAAUUUUAUGAGCACUCGCUGAUGUUUAUCUCUUUUUUAUGUGUUGCAUAUUGAAUGUCUUUCUGCUACCAUAUUAUGUCGUAUAAUAGCAUUUCAAAACCAGGAUUGCAAGCGGUGGAUGGAUACCCAACUCAGAACUACAAAGUAAUCUAAAAACAAUCUGAACAAAAUAGAAUUUCAGGAAAUUUCCUUUAAAACUGUGGUACGUCACUGAACCUUAAGCCAAAAUUUGGGUGGGGUACCAGGAAUGAUAGGGUUAUUGUAUAAGGUGUAACUAAAGAUGGUUCCAUUGCCUUAUGUUUAGAGUUCAUACUGAAAUGAACACAUAAGAGGUCUGAGCUGUGAAGGGAUGUUAUGGUAGGUUGUUCAACAUGUGAUAAUAGGUCGAGCAGUCAAAUCAUACUGGACAGUAUGUACUGUGGCUAAGCUGAGGGGGUCUUUAGGCUAAAGAGUCGCAUUCAUGCCACUAAAGACAACAUACACUUCGGAGUAUCUGAAACGUCUGAAAGGAGUGACUAAUGAUUGUAAUUUUGAGCUACUCAAAGUGCAUAGUGCACUUUGAGUAGAAAAGUAGGAAAGCUAGGGAAAGCGGUAUGGUUUGGUUUGAUAUGCCUCUUCCGACUUUACAUGUAUUCCUGUGAAUUGCUACUCACCAAGAUGUUCUCCAUCCCCAGUCAUGUUUGAUAUGCCUCUUCCGACUUUACAUGUAUUCCUGUGAAUUGCUACUCACCAAGAUGUUCUCCAUCCCCAGUCAUGUUUGAUAUGCCUCUUCCGACUUUACAUGUAUUCCUGUGAAUUGCUACUCACCAAGAUGUUCUCCAUCCCCAGUCAUGUUUGAUACACAGCCUUCUCUCUCACUGUGAAAUGUUAAACACCUGAAAUAGGUUAAAUCAAGUUUGUUUUACUCAUAUGUGGAGUGGAGGAAGUGAAUUUCCCUUGGUUUGACCUAUAAGGUUAUCAGUAUUCGUCUUUUGAACCUAUGCAAACCUUCGUACUGCAAUCCAUCAUCUGUCUGUGUUGUUGUGUCUUGGUGUCUGGCGUGUUGUUUGGAGCUAAUGUUUAUCACUGUAUUCUGGCUGUUUGCAUGCACGGCGGAAGUACCCCUGUUAUUUUUAUGGUGAGUUUGUAAUCUAGCCUAUAUUUUAUUAAAACAAUGACAAUAAAGGCCUUUGUGAUGGGAAA